CUCCCGUACAUUACGAGGAGAACGUGAACGCACCAGACGUACUGUAACCCAGCGAGAAGGCUAGUUAGCAGCUAGCAGCUAGCCGGGGUUACGGACCAAGUGCAUAACAGCGUUACAUCACUUUGGGUCGCGUCCCACCUGGGAAACAUCGGCCUAGAGAAGCAAUAGUGUCAGCUGUGACACUAUUACGACACACUGAGGGUGCUCGACCCAAACUAGACCGCGUUAACAGCAGUGACAUUGCAUAUUUGUGUUUUUCUCCAGAGGGGCGGUCAAGACGCGACUGGUUUCACCGAAGCCCCGGUACUGAGACACACGAGGAGUGAUGUCCUGUCCGUGCACCUCGGCUGCCCGGUUGUUCCUCAACACUGCCCACAGAGGAUUGUCCUGCUCCCGGAUCCAGUUGUUUUCUCUGAGUCGUCAGGGAUCUCGGGAAACUCAUUUACCUCCCCGGAUACGGGUGAGGUCGUUUUCAGAGGCUGCUGUCUGCUAUGCUGCUAAAGAUGGGACAACGAAGGACAGUGGAAGUGAUGGUGGAAAGAAAAGCAUCAGUGAGGGGAAGAGACUCUCUGGCUCGGGAGGAUCAGGCAAAGGGGGAAGCCAGCUACGCUGCCCUAAAUGUGGAGAUCCCUGCACACAUGUAGAGACCUUUGUAUCAUCAACACGAUUCGUCAAAUGUGAGAAAUGUCAUCACUUCUUCGUGGUACUGUCUGAAACGGACUCUAAGAAGGGGCUAAACAAAGAGCCAGAAUCUGCUGCGGAGGCAGUGAAACUGGCAUUUUCACAGAAACCUCCCCCUCCUCCUAAGAAGAUAUAUGCUUACCUCGACAAGUACGUUGUUGGCCAGUCCUAUGCAAAAAAGGUGUUAGCAGUCGCAGUGUACAAUCACUACAAGCGCAUCUACAACAACAUCCCUGCUGGUAGUCGACAGCAGGUGGAGGUGGAAAAACAGCCUUCUCUAACACCUCGUGAACUAGAGAUGAGAAGACGAGAGGAUGAGUACAGGUUCACAAAACUGCUGCAGAUCGCAGGGAUCAGUCCUCACGGAAAUGCUCUGGGAGCUUCGAUGCAGCAACAAGCGAGCCAGCAAGCUCCUCAGGAGAAGAGGGGCGGGGAGGUCCUGGACUCCACACACACCGAAAUUAAGCUGGAGAAGAGCAACAUCAUUCUUCUAGGUCCAACUGGCUCAGGAAAAACAUUGUUAGCGCAGACACUGGCACGUUGUUUGGAUGUUCCUUUUGCAAUAUGCGAUUGCACAACACUAACUCAAGCUGGAUACGUGGGAGAAGACAUCGAGUCAGUUAUUGCCAAACUGCUGCAAGAUGCCAACUAUUCCGUGGAUAAAGCACAACAAGGUAUUGUGUUUCUGGAUGAGGUUGAUAAGAUUGGCAGUGUGCCUGGAAUCCAUCAGCUGAGAGAUGUAGGAGGAGAAGGAGUCCAGCAGGGCUUGCUUAAACUCUUGGAGGGCACAAUCGUCAAUGUUCCUGAGAAAAACUCCAGGAAACUGAGAGGAGAGACGGUGCAGGUGGACACAACAAACAUUCUGUUUGUUGCUUCUGGUGCUUUCAAUGGACUCGACAGAAUCAUCAGCAGAAGAAAGAAUGAAAAGUAUUUAGGUUUUGGAACUCCCUCCAACAUGGGGAAAGGGCGGCGUGCAGCGGCUGCCGCAGACUUGGCCAACACUAGCGGUGUCUCGGACACAAUUGCAGAGAUCGAGGAGAAGGACCGGCUGCUGAAGCACGUCGAGGCCAGGGACCUGAUCGAGUUCGGAAUGAUCCCAGAGUUUGUGGGUCGUCUUCCUGUGGUCGUGCCUCUGCACAGCCUGGAUGAAGAAACGCUAGUCCGGAUCUUGACCGAACCACGCAACGCUGUGGUGCCCCAGUACCAGGCUCUGUUCAGCAUGGACAAAUGUGAACUCAAUGUGACUCCAGAUGCCUUGCAGGCCAUAGCAAGGAUGGCUCUGGAGAGAAAAACUGGAGCUCGUGGGCUCAGAUCCAUCAUGGAAAAGCUCCUUCUAGAGCCCAUGUUUGAGGUGCCACACUCUGACAUCAUGGCUGUUGAGCUGAACAAAGAUAUUGUCCAAGGAAAAUCCCAACCGAGAUACAUCAGAGCCCCAGCCAAGGAGUCUGCAGAAGAGGAAGACGACUCAGGCGUUGAGGAGGAGAACUGGCCUCGGCAGGCGGACGUUGCUAACAACUGAACCACACGUCACUCAUUUCACCUAAAGACAGUCUAUGAAAUCAUUAGAUCAUUAUGAACCGUUUUGAUACCAACUCUGGAUUUGACUCUAGCCUCUGACAAACAAGCUGUGGACACUAUAGUAGAGGUAAUAAUUAAGUCUGCUGGUUUUCACUGAAGAGUGUUUUCCUGAUGAACAAGUUAAGAGAGAGUAACAAACUUUGGUCCCAUGCAUCAGAUGGUAAUUCUCUAGCGGUGCACUCGAAGGGUGGACCUUUAUAAAAUAUUUCAAUCUCUGGGGAUUGUUAACAUUUUUAUCUAUAUAAAGAUAACGCAAUUUUAUUCAAGAAAGGAUUUCUAGCUAGUUUAUUUGUUUUCUCUUUUUGUGGUGAUGGGCUGUAAUGGCAAGGGAAGCAAAUGGAAAUAAUGGGAUCAUACUGUACACUUGAAAAGAAGUGGAGCUGAGUAAGUGUAGAUGUGAUGAAAACAUGUAAAGUAAUGCCUUUCUAUCACAAGGGCAUCAUAUUCCAUGAGCACAUCAAUAUUUUGAUGUUUUUCUUCUUUACCACCAUUUUAAUAAUGGUGCUCCCAACAUAACUGGUACGCUGCUUAGAUGGCAUUUGUAAGCAAUUUGUAUGACAUGACCUCUUAUUAGGAGAACACAUAGUGAAGUGUAACGCACCAGCGAACUAAACAAACAGGUGUUAAACAAAUGGUGACCUUUUAAACAGCCAGAAUGGUUAUUUUUCAGUGUUUUGCUUCCACUUGUAGCCCUCCAUUUACGGAAUGUAUCUGUGUUCACCUACCGACCCGAUUAUCACAGGACUGGAUCACAAGGCUGUCUCUCAAAGCAGGAUUAGCAGGUUGCCAGGUAACUUUGAAGCGUUAAAGAAGUAUCCUCUGAUAUUUUGUUUUGUAGUAGAUAUUCUCCAACAUCUGUACAUGACUGAAUCAUAUUUUUAAAUUUGAUAUUCAAGCUUCAUUAUCGUGAUUCAAAUCAUAAUUGGACAGAUAAUCUCUUUCACAGUUGGCUGGAUGCCACUCUUAACCUGCUUUGUCAGACACCCCUAAGAACAGCGCAGGUAUUUUUAUUUUCAUUGUACGUACCCCAGCGUUGGAAACCCACCUCAGUGUUAGUGAUGUUAAAUCCUGUUACUCAAUGGUAUCUCAAUACACACAUCUCUAAUUAAGCCUAAAUGCUCUCCGACUGAACUGAACCACGCUGCUGUACUCUUUAAAAUGCUGUUUGUGCUAUAACACGAGAUUAAACUAGAUCUUUUCUCUCUUUGCUUUUAAGUUUCCUUUUUUUUCAGUUUAGUUUAAAUACUGCUACAGAAGAUCUGUUACAGAACCUGUAACCUCCCCCAGUUUGUGAAUCUGAAGUUAUUUGUGAUUGUUGAAAAUAUAUAAAUAAAAUGUAAAUCUCUG